AUGCUAGGCCUGUUUGGGGGAAAGGCACCCGCCAAAGCCUCCACUUGUGAAGACAGACACCUCUGCUGCUUCUCCCCACAGACAACCCACUGCCCCCAGAGCCCAUACUUUCUGUAUUUCAACACCAAGGCUAGAGGGAAGCACAGAAGUGUGAAAGCCCAAAGAGAGGUAAUGACUUUCAUUGAAAAGAAAAAAAAUUUUUUGGCAUACCUUUUCAUUAAGAUUCAGCCUCUUUUGACGAAAUAUCAGUUAAUUCCCACCUUUUUUCUAACUCUCCUGGGUCUCACAGCCAUUUUCACGUUUUCCUGA